UUGACAAGCAGCUGCCAUAUUGCUUGCUGUUCGGGAUUUUGUGGAAUACGUUUUACAACAAAUCUAAAAAAACUGAAACCGAAUUCCUUCCAGGGAAAAUUGUGUCGUACUUAACAUUCGAAAUAAAUAAGUAUCACUUUUAAAACAUACAAAAUGGCUGCGAGCGACUCUGGGACGGAUGAGUCACUUUAUCCUAUUGCUGUGCUGAUAGACGAGUUGAAAAAUGAGGAUGUACAGCUCAGAUUGAAUUCUAUCAAGAAGCUGUCGACAAUUGCGUUGGCUUUGGGCGUGGACAGGACCCGAUCGGAGCUGAUUCCGUUCCUGACCGAGACCAUUUACGAUGAGGAUGAAGUCCUGCUUGCUCUCGCUGAGCAACUUGGUAACUUCAUCCACCUCGUUGGUGGUGGUGAGUUUGCUCACUGCCUGUUACCGCCCCUGGAAUCGCUUGCCACCGUUGAGGAGACAGUCGUCCGGGAUAAAGCCGUGGCCUCACUCCGUGCUGUCGCUGCGCACCACACACCGCAGGCUCUCGAGCAGCACUUCGUUCCUUUAGUGCAGCGUCUGGCCGGUGGUGACUGGUUCACAUCCCGGGCUUCUGCUUGUGGAUUGUUCAGCGUAUGCUACACUCGCGUCUCAGCACCAGUCAAAGCGGAACUCCGUCAGCACUUCCACUCGCUGUGCCAAGAUGACACGCCGAUGGUGCGGCGCGCGGCCGCGUACAAACUCGGCGAGUUCGCGCGAGUCGUCGAGGUCGAAUACGUCAAGAGCGACCUUAUUCCCAUGUUCGUGCGUCUAGCUAAGGACGAGCAAGACUCAGUCCGCCUGCUAGCAGCAGAAGCCAGCGCGGCCGUGGCAGCGCUCCUGCCGCCUGAAGACAUGGAGCAGCUGGUCAUGCCGACCGUGCGCAGCCUGGCCGGAGACACCUCCUGGCGCGUGCGGUACAUGGUAGCGGACAAGUUCGUCGAGCUGCAACAAGCCGUGGGCCCUGAACUGGCCCGCGCAGAAUUAGCGCAAAUCUUCCAAGCGCUCCUCAAGGACACAGAAGCAGAGGUGCGCGCCGCCGCCGCUGGAAAGGUCAAGGACUUCUGCAUGAACUUAGACAAGGCUCACCAGGAGCAUAUCAUCAUGAGCAUGAUCCUGCCGCAGAUCAAAGACCUGGUGUGUGACCCCAACCAGCACGUCAAGUCCGCUCUCGCUUCCGUCAUCAUGGGACUCAGUCCCAUCGUCGGCCGCCAGAACACCGUAGACCACCUCCUGCCUCUAUUCCUUACACAGCUGAAAGACGAGUGCCCUGAAGUCCGUCUGAACAUCAUUUCGAACCUGGAAUGCGUCAAUGAGGUCAUCGGAAUCCAACAACUCGUCCAAUCUCUUCUACCGGCUAUCGUGGAAUUGGCCGAAGACACAAAAUGGCGCGUGCGACUUGCCAUCAUCGAACACAUGCCGCUUCUAGCCGGUCAACUCGGCCAGGAGUUCUUCGAUGAGAAACUGACUGGACUAUGCAUGUCCUGGCUCAUUGAUCAUGUUUACGCUAUCCGUGAAGCGGCUACUCUUAAUCUGAAGAAGUUAGUCGAGCAGUACGGGUCUCAGUGGGCAGAAACAAACGUCAUCCCCAAAGUCCUUGCCAUGUCGCGCGAACAGAACUACUUGCACCGAAUGACCUAUCUCUUCUGCAUCAAUGUUCUCUCUGAAGUAUGCGGCAAAGAUGUCACCACCCGAGUCUUGCUGCCAACUGUCUUGUCUAUGGCCGACGAUAAUGUUGCCAACGUCAGAUUCAACGUCGCCAAGACCCUCCAAAAGAUGGCGCCUUUCUUGGAUCCUGCUGUUAUCCAACCCCAAGUGAAACCGGUUCUGGAGAAACUGAACGUAGACCCUGAUGUAGACGUCAAAUACUUUGCAUCGGAAGCGAUCGCCGGAAUCGCCGGCUAAAUUAAAUUGAAUACUUAAUAAAGCUGUAUACACAAACCGAACAGACUCGCCGUUUGAUUUGUGUAUGUAGCCUAAUAAUCACCGUAAUUUGCCCAGCCUUGCGUCGUAACUCACUUCGCGAAUGAACUAGCUCGAUAGUUCACUCGCGAAUGACGAACUAAUGUUCGCGGCUACCUAGUUCACUCAGUCUUGUCUAAACUGGUUAUACGCCAAUCUUUCACUAUUUAUUUAUUAGUAAUGAGAAUAAUUAGUGUAUUUACCAGUUUAUGGCACUUAUAAAAGUCUACUUAGUUUUAUACCCAUCGAUUUUGACCAGAUAAGAUUUUAUAGCACUAAAACUAAUUAAUAAAUAAAUAAACUCAAUACGUACGUAACUGUAACUGCAUUUAAUCGAUGUAUUUUAGUUUUAGUUCUCUAAAUAUCCUCUGAUCAAAAUAUAUGAGUCGGGCUUUCCCCUUAUGUUGCAUUCAGCCAAAAGAAAAUGAGGAAAAACAUAACCCUCUGGCGCAGUCGGGUCAAAACAGGUCAAAUGAUUCUGAUAUAACAUCGACUCAAUCCAUCUCUUUCACUUUUACUAGUAUUCAAAUGCGAGUGAGGGAUAUGAAUAUAGUCGAGUAAAUCCGAAUCGUUUUUCAAAAAUAAGCAUUUUAUUCUUAAAUCACAUGAUUGUCACAUGGUCCACGCAGUUCUUGGGACCUUAGCGUAAAAUAUAGUUUUAACUUUGUGAAAUAUUGGCGGCCAUUUUUGUUGUACUGUUUU